GAGCCACGUCGCGCUUUACUCGCCAUUUUCCCCAUCUUCUGAAAGCAGAAUUAAGUUCUGCUUAUUCUGCUGUCACGGCGUCAUUCAAACACUGCGAGGUCACAAAUCAUCCAUCGCCGGACACGAACCGAGCUCUUUUGAGACUCUUAAAUUGGUUCUCCCUUCCUGCUGGAGCUCCCAUAAACAUGAACAUUUUCCGGCUAACCGGUGAUCUCUCCCACCUAGCAGCCAUCAUCAUCCUGCUGCUAAAAAUAUGGAAAACCAGGUCUUGUGCCGGUAUAUCUGGGAAGAGUCAGGUCCUGUUCGCCUUGGUGUUCACCACCCGCUACCUGGACCUGCUCACAUCCUUCAUCUCCCUCUACAACACCACCAUGAAGAUCAUCUACAUCGGAUGCGCGUACGCCACCGUGUACCUGAUCUACGUUAAAUUCAAGGCGACUUACGACGGGAACCACGACACCUUCAGAGUGGAGUUCCUGGUGGUCCCCGUAGGAGGUCUGGCCUUCCUGGUUAACCACGACUUCUCUCCUCUGGAGAUCCUGUGGACGUUCUCCAUCUACUUGGAGUCGGUGGCCAUCCUGCCGCAGCUCUUCAUGAUCAGCAAGACGGGCGAGGCCGAGACCAUUACCACCCACUACCUGUUCUUCCUGGGACUCUACAGAGCCCUCUACCUCAUCAACUGGAUAUGGAGGUUCUAUUUCGAGGGAUUCUUUGACAUGAUUGCCAUAGUCGCCGGGGUGGUGCAGACCAUCCUCUAUUGCGAUUUCUUCUAUUUGUAUGUAACAAAAGUACUGAAAGGAAAGAAGCUGAGUCUGCCAGCCUAAGUGCCAAAGAGGAGCGUUUCGGCAGACUCAAAGAGGGGGAUAUCGGAGGGGAGGAGGAGAGGUAGUGGACACCUCUGACAACCCCCCCUGCCAACCCCCACCUCCACCCCCACCCAAACCUUGCCAUCCACCACCAUCACCCCACCCACCCCCCGCUUUUCCUCCUCUUCCUCCUCCCCUCCCGCCAGAGUAAGAUGCCUGAGACAGAGAGCGAAGCGGGAGCCGGCGGGCUGCACCUUCUCCUGAACCAGAAGCCACGUGGCCCGCAGCUGUCGGGGGUGUUUUCUGUUUGAUGCAUCUUGCCUUAACGUUUUUUGGUUUUUUUUUAAUACUCUGUAUAAAGGAAGAAAAAAAAAGCGAGAAAAAGUUUUCUACGUAUACAAAAAAAAAAAGAAGAAAAGAAAAAAUGUGUACUGAAUAUUUGACACAUUGGUGCAUAAGAGCUGAAGAUGUAAAACUGCCUGUGAUUUGGCAUUGUAUGAUAUUGAGAUAUUGAAGCGGACUUCUUGUGAUGGGAUAAUAUUGACUCAACUGUUUGUAAUAGUAUUUGCAAUCGAAAUAAAUGUGCUUUUUUUUUUGGUUCUUUUUUUUUUUUUUUCCAAUCGGAUUUGAGAAGGAAUUUGUCAAAUCCUCGUCAUUUUGAGCAGAUCAUUAACAUUUUGCUCCUUCAUUUGACCAAAUGAAUUCAUAUUUUAACUCCACGCCCUUUGUAGAAUAUGAUUAUUAAUAUAGACGCUACAACUUGCAGUCCUGGGGAAAAAAAGGAAGUUGGAUGUAAGCCAGGAGUGUAUUUUUCUUUAAAUGCCUUUAAAAAGUGUAAUUUUACUUCACAGUACCCAACAGAAGUAUGACAACAUGAUUUAAAUGGAGAUCAAUGAACUCUCAUCUCUGUAAAUGGCUUUCUUCAUUUGAAUAGCCCGUUCUUUAUUAUAUUAUAUUCCUUUGCCUAGCCCAUUCCUGUCACAUGACCCCCCCAGACAUGUUUGAGACGACGAGUAAAUUCACUGGUUGAUGUGCUGUAAGUGGAGUAUCACUACAGAAAUGGAAGUCUUUAUUAUUAUUUUUUCUUUUUAAGUGCAGAUGUAUUUAUUUUCUUUCUUCUUUCUGGUUUCCAAUAAAACAGAGUCCGUAGAA